AUGAUAAUUUUUAAUGGAAACAAAUAUGCGUGUGCGUCAUGCAUCAGGGGACAUCGCUCUUCAACGUGUAGGCAUUCCCACCGAAUGUUAAUCAAGGUGAGAACUAGAGGAAGGCCUUCUCCCAUGGCUAUUAGGGACGCUAUUUUAGUAGACUCAACUUCUCAAAGUACGGAAUAUGAAAAUAGUGCGCAGAUUGAAGGUAGCUGCUGCAGUGGAAUGAAUCAGCAGCCAAUAUUGUUUGUGCGUGCCUCUGCCGUUAGAAAAGCAAGGAUGAUAAACGGUAAACUGCAUAUAUUAAUGGAGGAAGGCUGUACUGCUCACGAACCUAAAGAUAUUAGUACUUUUACUGAUGAUGGUAACAAAUAUAUAACCGAAAUGGAAUUUCUUAGGAAGCACUCCCCAAAUGCGCCAGCAACAGGAACGAUAUCUCCAGAAUCUACCAAGUCAUCUUCUUCAAAUGAAAAUAAAGAGAGUACUCAGGUGCAGCAAGAGCCGGUACGACAUUUUUCAACUUGCUGCAAGAAAAAUAAGCUCCAUAAUCAGGCUUCUAAUAACAAGAUGGACAAGGAACCGUCCGGUGAUAUAUUUACACCAUAUGGACCUUUAGAAUCAGCUUCCACUUUCGACGACAUAUUACAAGACGACUAUGAUAAUUCUGUUCCUAGCGUGCAUGAUAGUUCGGGAACGCUCACCCCACAAAGUGCAACAGCAGCAGCAGUACCUCAACCAAGUGACAUUGCUUCCAAAGUGGAAGUUCUGACUCAUAAGGGCAUUUUCUUGAGCACGCAAUGCUCUUGUGAAGAUGAACACUGUCCAUGUGUUAACUGUCUAAUCCAUAGAAGUGAAGAAGAACUGAAUUCUUAUAUUGAACAAAGUGGUGUUCCAUUGACCAACAUAGGCGAGGCUCAAAUUACCGACAAGAUGAUGGAUUACUUGGAUGACUGCAAAUGUUCUAACAAGGAAUGCGUGUGUCCUCCAGAUAAUUGUACUUGUGACGGUUGUUUUUCUCAUUCUACAAACAUCAUUUCAUUUGAGAAAUUUUUCUUUUAUGGCAUUUUGAAUACAAGGCUAACAAGAAAAACUCAAAUAAAAUUCAAGGGUAAACUUGUACCAUCAAAAUAUUGGUGGGAUUUUCUAAAGUUGCAAGUACCGUUAAUGACAGAUGCCCAGUUGGAAUUACUUGAUAUUCAUGCGUGGUUUCAAAAAUUGGUCUCUAGUUAUGCACCACAUCUAAGCGAUGCCAACACACUAUAG